AUGCCAUCACCACACAAAUCAGAUAUACCAAAGGCCGCCACGCCCAAGUUUGGCUCAUCUUUUGAUCCGUGGAACUCUUCGUCUACCGGCCACCAGCGAGCAGAAAACCGCCUGGGAGGAAGUACAGGAUGGCGGGACUCGAGGAGCGCAAAGCUUCAGUCACAAUUCCGGAGCGGAGCCGGCGGCGGCCAGCGCAUGUCUGAUGCCGUCGGGGCGGGAUCACAACACUGGGAUCCAGAAUUGCAAGGCAUUGUGCCACCGGAGCUUCGUGCUCGAGCCAAGAAUUCAGUCAUGGACAUGUUGGUCAAACCGGGGACCAUGAAACGGAGCUUGAGCUCGACAUCACGGGGGUCCGACCAGUCCUCGUUGGCCAACGGAGACGAAAACAAACUGACGGCAGAGGAAAACUUGGCGAGGCGGCGCAAGUCAGAGGAUGAAUCGCAGCAGGAGAAGAUCGACAGACCAAGAAAGAUUUUCGAUGGCGUCGUGGUCUACGUCAAUGGCAGCACAUACCCCGUUAUAUCAGACCACAAACUCAAGCAUUUACUCGCUGAACACGGUGCCAGAAUGUCAAUUCAUCUGGGUAGGAGGCAAGUCACGCAUGUCAUACUUGGACGUCCAGCCGGUGGUGGCAACGGUGGUGGUGGAGGCCUCGCCGGAGGCAAGCUUCAAAAGGAGAUACAAAAAGUUGGUGGCGCUGCCGUGAAGUUUGUGGGAGUCGAAUGGAUCAUGGAGAGUAUCAAGGCUGGCAAGCGAUUACCGGAAGCAAGAUUUAGCAACCUGAAGAUGGCCGCAAAAGGCCAACAAAGCGUCUUUGGCAUGGCGUCCAAACCGCCGAGCUCAACAAAGUUCUCCCGUGGAGAGCUUACAAUAGAUAAGUCUAGCGAACCGAAAGCAACGCCAUCACGGCCUCCGGAUGACGAACCACCUCCGAGUGGCCAACGCCCACAGAUUUAG